UAUUACAGCAAUAUGUAAUAUUGCAAGAAUCCAAUUCCAAAUUAGAAAAAUCUCUAUAGUAAAACAAUGCCAAAUUUUGUGAAUCCCCUAUCCCUUUUCCAAAUCCACAAUCUGAUUCUAGAUUGCUAAGCUGGUCUCAAGAUUGCCAGUAUCUUCAAUCCCCAAUAUAAAUAUAGAUGCAAUUUCUUCAUCAAUCAAACAUUUCUACUAUGACAAUCUUGCUUGAAACAUGUGGAGUUGCACCCCCUCCGGGCGGCAUCCUGGCGGAGCUAUCACUACCGCUCACAUUCUUCGACAUUCGAUGGAUCCAUCACCAUCCGGUUGGUUCCGUUCUCUUCUACAACCACCCUUGUUCCAAACCCUAUUUCCUAGAAACCCUAGUUCCAAAACUCAAAGAAUCACUCUCUCUCACUCUCAAACACUAUCUCCCAAUAGCAGGCAAUUUGCUCUACCCUUUAAUAACCACCGAGAAAAAGCCCGUUUUCCGAUUUAUUUCUGGUGACUCGGUUUCUUUGACAAUAGCCGAAUCGGAAAAUGAUAAUUUCGACGAGCUUGUCACAAACCAUGCACGAGAUGCCGACCAGUUCUAUGAUUUCAUGCCCAAUAUGCCACCGAUAAAAGACGAAACCGAAUACAAAAUAUUAGAUGUCAUGGCUAUACAAGUUACGUUGUUUCCAGGCCGUGGUAUAUGUGUCGGUUUCACGAAUCAUCAUAGUCUUGGCGACGGGAGUUCGAUCGUAGGGUUCAUGCAUGCAUGGGCUUCAGUCAACAAACUUGGUGAGUCGUUUCUUACCGAAAAAGGUGAUUCUUUGCCGAUUUUUGAUAGAUCUGUAAUUCAAGAUACACUCGGGAUCGAUGCUAUCUUCUGGAAAUCAAUGAGAGAGAUUCCAUUGAAGUCGUCGCAAUCUUUUCCGUUACCAACAAACAGGGUUAGAGCCUCGUACACACUCAACCAAGCCGACAUAAAACGGCUAAAGGAUUUUGUUCUGACCAAGAAACCAGGAUUGGUUCAAGUUUCCUCCUUUGUAAUAACCGCGUCUUAUGUUUGGGCAUGUUUGGUUAAAUCCGAGCGUGAGAAAGUUGACAAAGAGGUGAUGGAAUACUUUGUUUUCUCUGUCGAUGUUCGUGCGAGGAUGAAUCCACCGGUGCCUUUUAAUUACUUCGGCAAUUGUUUAGGUUACGGGAUGGCGAGAAUCGAGCGUAAGUGGCUAGUGGAGGAAGAAGGGUUUGUUACUGCUGUCGAGGCUAUUGUUGAGGAUGUCAAGAAUAGGGUUAAUAAUAAGGACGAGGUUUUGAAAGGUGCCGAGAAUUGGCUGUCUGAAAUGAAGGAAUUAGGUGAGAUUAGGGUUCUUGGCGUAGCCGGUUCGCCGAAAUUCGACUUGCAUGAUGCGGAUUUCGGGUGGGGGAGGGCGAAAAAGGUCGAAUCUUUGUCGAUCGAUGUAGAUAAGUAUUCGAUGUCGUUGUACAAAUCGGUUGAAGGAGGAUUGGAGGUUGGAUUGUCUCUUCCAAAGGAAAGAAUGAUAGCUUUUGGAGCUAUAUUUGAUGAUGGGCUAAGGUUUCCCAAAUGA